AGGUGUUUGAGGUGGUGAGUGAGACAGCUGAUGGAGUCUAAACAAUAAAAACUCUUUCAUCAAAUAUUUCCAGUCGAUCAUUAUGGCACGGAAGUGUGUGUUGUGUGGGGCUCCUCACAGCAUCAGUCUCUCUGUGUUCGCAUUUCCAAAGUCCAGUUACCAGCGAGGUGCCUGGGUGGCUGCCAUUCGCCAAAUUAUCCCCACCUUCUGUGACCCUCAGUUACUUGGUGCUCGUAACGGAGUCUGUGAGAGGCAUUUCCAACCUCAAGAUAUAAAGAAGGGCAAGAAGUCGAGCCUUCACCGGAAAGCUGUUCCUCUGGUGGCAACAAACCUCGGCAGUAAUGGGAGUGUCGUUGAUGCCAAAAAUAACCUCCCAGUUCCCUUCUCUGUUAUUGAAAGUGACAAGACGAGGGCGACUUUUCUGAUCGAUGCCGAUGAAGAUGCCUUUAGGGAUGCUGCUCUAAGCCAGAUGUCUGUUGAUAUAAAGAAAGAGGAUAACUGGCAGGUUGACGGUAACCAACCCAGAGCCUCUGAAAGUUGUCUGGGUAUUAAUAUUGAUGAUUAUUUACCAAGUGAAAGUUCUUAUGUUGAGUCGGAGAAAAGCAUCAACAGUCAUGCAUUUAUAUUUAACAAUAAGGAAACUCCAGAAAAAGAUGUGUGUCUUGUUUGUGGAAAAGACGACACGGAUUGUAACUUGAUUUGCAUUUUACGUGUUCACGAGUAUUCUGGUAAUAUUUCCAUAAAUUUGCUUUUGUCAAAAAUUGUGGGCAGAUCGAAACGAGAGGUUGUGUGUGUCAGCAUGAAGAUUUGUUCUAGGUGUGAGAAUCUUGUUCAGGAAGUUGCACAAAUUGAAGAAAAUCUGAAAUUUAAGAAGCAAGUUAUAAAAGAUAUGUUUGAGACAACUCUCAAGGAACACAAAGAGAGGUCAAAGGUAAUGGCAGCUACUUGUAAACCUUCAGAUGUUUUCCCAGAAGAAAUAAAUUGCAGUAGAAGUUUAGUGCUACCCACAAGCCACAUUGAUGACAUGGAUGAUAAAACUGACAACUGUACAGGUGAACAACUAUCAGAAAAAGUAAGGAAGAGUUCUCGAAGGCAAGCGUCAUCAAAGAAAUACCGUUGUCCUCAGUGUAAAGAGGUUUAUUCCAGUCUUGCAUUAUGGGUUCACCAUUUAUCCAAACAUUCAGAUAUGGAGGAUUUGCCAACACAAAAUAAAACCCGACAAGCGACAUCGAGAAUGAGGAAGAAACACAAGGUAGGCAUUCAUUCUUGUGAAGAUUGUGACAAGACAUUCUACUGUAAACAGACUCUCCUGGCUCAUGCAUCUGCUCACCAGAAAGGUUCUGAGUGCUCAGAGUGUGGUCGUUAUCUAACUACUAAGGCGAGGCUGAAAGCUCAUCUCUUUAAAUUUCAUGGUAUAGGGGAGGAGAAGAAUAAGGAGGUUGCUUGCCAAGAUUGUGGGAAGUGCUUCGGCACCAAGGCUGGCCUGCGCUAUCAUCGUAACGUCGUGCAUCACGUCGGUACUAAGUAUGUUUGUGAGCACUGUAACAAAAUGUUUUACUAUCAUGUACCAUACAGAAGUCAUCUUCUGUAUGCUCAUGGAGAGAAGAAGAUAGUAUGUGAGACUUGUGGAGACAAAUUUUUCACCAUCUCCAAAUUAAAUACCCAUAUUAAUGCUGUUCAUAGAAGUGCUCAGUCAUGGACGUGUGAUGAGUGUGAAUCAAAAUUCACAACUUACACAGCAUAUCGUCAUCAUAUGAAUGUGAAGCACCUUAAGGUGCAGCACCCAUGUGAGUACUGUGAUGCACAGUUCAGGAAGAAAUCAUCUUUAAUGUUCCACCUUUGGAAACACUCUGUUUACAUUUGCCAGCUAUGUAGGGAAAGAUUCUCCUGUAAUGAUGAUUUGCGGACCCACAUGUCCGUAACUCACGGCAAGGAAGUUAACUGGAAGGGCAAGAGGAAGCAGAGCACACAACUUCUGCAGGAGAAGAAACUGGUUGUAGAAGAGGAUGUACUGCAGAAAAAUCCAGAAUCAGAUGAACAUAUUCAAGAGAGUGAACAUGUGGCAUCCAUUGUGUUAAAUGAUCUCCUUAUAACUGCAGAACCUUAUGAUAACAGUAGUCUGCAGCCUUUCUCUUUGUCUGCAUGUGAGAAGCUACCAGAGAAACAUCCAUAUACAAAUGACGAAGACAUGAAAGUUAAAACUCUGAGUAUUAUUGAUGCCUCACAAGACCUUAGGGCUGUAGAUCCUGUGCAGUUUGGUACAGUUGAGACCUUGGAGGUGAAGUCUUCUCACGACCACAUUGAAAUGACACCCGGAGUCUCUCUUAUCAAUGUACAGAUUCUUGGGGACAUGGAAAUUUCCCAGAGUGACACUUUAGGGGACUUAAAGAGCACCAUGUUGGCUGAUGCUGCAGACCACCUCUCCCAUGACGGUCAGCUCAACAACGAGGAUAACAUGACUACACACUUGGGAGUUGAAACGCACCUUUCAGGAGACCACCUUGCAGUUGGUGGUGAUUUAGAAGCUGCAGGUCACACACUGGAGACCACCAGUCACUUGGAGACAGCUUGUCACUUAGAAGCUGCAGAUCACUUGGAAUCUUCAUGCCAUUUAGAGGAUACAGACCAUCUUGAUGCAAGGAAUCAUCUCACUUCUGAAAGCCACUUAGAAGUACCGAGCCAGCUUGAAUCUCCUCACCACCUCGAACCAGGAAACCAUUUGGAAGUUGCUGGACACAUUAACACGACAAGUCACUUGGCUGCAACGAGCCACAUUAGUGAUGCUGCCCACCUGGACUCUGGUACCAACAUGGCUGUGGCAAGACAUCUAGAUAGUUCAAACCAUCUCGAACCAACAAGUCACAUGGAGCCAACAGACCAUCUUCACAUGCCAACUGAUAUUGAAGAUCCAGCACAUCUGGAUUCUUCAAGCCACUUGGAGGUUGCUGAUCAGUGCUCACUUCCGUCCAUGAUCAGCCAGAUAGAGACAGAAGUGGAUGAACAGAUGGUGAAUAAUCCCAUAGUAACACAGAUGGAUACAGAGAUUCAUAACAUAGCAAAUGAGGUGGACACACAGAUUGUUCACCACACAGAGACACACAUGAGUCAGGAAAUUGAUCAACACAUAGUCAAGGGAUCAGAGGCUGAAAUGGUCGAUCCGAGUCUAGAUAAACAGAUUGAGAAAAUAGACGAAGUACAGCUAGAACCAUUUCCUGUUACAUUAGACGGCAAAGGUGAAGUCCAGUACCAGUAUGUGAUGUAUAUAUCGGCUCCCGGAGAAGACAAUAAUCCCGGGUGAAGACGGUCUCUAUAUUACCUGAAGUACGGUGGAAGCAUGAAUGAUUAAGACUGAACUAAUACUGUGGUGAUGAAGAACAUUACUGGAUCAGUAUCAGAUAGAUAUUUAGUAACUUAGGCAGUGAUUGUUGCAUAUGAGCAGCAAUAGCUCAUGAUAUAAACAGAUAGAAUGCAAACUGGUAACUGAUACAUGGAAGGCUCUGAUAGUAGCAGAGAAUGGUGUGAAUGAAGAGAUAUAGCAACACAUCAUGACUUGGGAAAUUAAAAACAACAACAACCCUCUAACAAGUGCAUCAAAUUUCAUGUUUUUAAGAAAUGUCAAAAAUAGAUCAAUCCAUCCACAACUUAUGGUAUUCUCAACUCAUUUACUUGUCUGCAUUUAUGUGUAACUUUACCAUUGCCUCUUGUCGCUCCUCUGGAUGUAUUCCCAGACCUUUAGUAACUGAUUCAGAUCAUUCUAUAAUACUUUCCACUUGUACUACCCGAGUCAUCUUCACUAACAAAUGUUCAUUUAAUGUUUUUGAUAGGAUUGCAAUGAAAAGUAAAUGUACUGUAAUUGUGUAUAUAAGAAAUGUGUUAAAGAAUAUGGAGUGUUUAUGUUGUUUAUUUUAGUACGAAUUAGCUGUAAUGCCUUUGCUGUCUACAAGAGUUUGACUAAGGUCUUGGAGCAAGGCUGAGUUGACAAAUUGGUUUCCUUAUUGGUAUGUAUGAGCCUCUUACUCUGUGUGUGUGUGUGUGUGUGCAAGCGUGUGUGUGUGUGCAAGCGUGUGUGUGUGUGUAAGAGUCGUGCAGUCAUUUCUUCCCCACCUUUAUGUUUCCCUCCAAAGCAAAGGAGAAACUGAUCUUCGUUUUCAGUCUUUCCCUUGACUGAAUAAUACCCUUUAUAUGAGAGAGACAGAGAGAGAGAGAUUAUUUGAUAACUCCAAAAUAAUUUAUGACAAGAGUUUCUGAAAAGUAUACAGAACAUUUUUAACAUUUUAAAUAUAUAUUAGUACUUGAAAGCCUCUGACAGCACUUUUUUUUCUUCUAUUAUAAUGUUGUAUACUGUAUGCAUUGUUUCUUAUGAAUAUACUGUAUACAUGGGAUUAACUGUGAUUAAUUGUACAGCCUCAGAAUUAGCUACACAGGAAAUUGAGAAACAGUAUAUUAGCUAAGGAGUAAAUGAUUAACUCUUGAAAUUCUUAAAUAGGGGAUAAUUCAGGGCAUUUGUAAACUAGGAAAUAUUUGCACCGUGAGUUGGCUUCUUUCCGUGUACUGUGCCAUCAAGUUUCAAUGUCUAAUACUACAGUACUGUACAGUUCAAUUUGGCAUGAUAUAGAAUCAUUCUUAUUUUGAUUUUACACUACGUUUCAUAUUUUAGAAUUAUUGUAUUUUUCCACUAAGAUUCACAUUUAGAGUCAUUAUAUAUGUAUUGUAAUUAAAUUUAUCACCAAGUUUCAUUAUUUUCUAAAAUCUCUGUCUAGUUAUCGGCAUUAACAUUGCCUUUAAGUUUCACGUUUUUUAACCAUUAUCUUAAUCUUACCAUCAGGUUUUAUUUCCUAGAGUCAUUAUAUAAGUACUGUACAGUAUUGUAUUGAUUUUAUUCAAGUGUAAUUUUAAGCUAUAAUCACCCUGUUGCAUUUUAUCUACCAUAGUGCAUUUAAAGUACAGGUAGUAGUGUACUGUAUAUUUUAUUAAGGUGAGUGAGUUGCCUUGUUAUACAGUAAUACAUUAAGUGGUAUGUGCUUCAGUGAUUUAACCCCUUGUGUAUGGGGUCCCCUCUCCACUGAGUCAAAUCAUCUGAUGUUAGCCAAAUAAACUAUUAAAAGUGGUGUUCCUGUUGUGAAGGGUUUAAGUUAAUGUCUUGGGUCUUGAAGCACUUAUCAUAAUCUUCAUUUUGUACAUGACAUCGAUUAAAAUUCAAGUGUAUUUAUGCUGAUCACAAUUCUGUUUUCAUCUCUUCCGAUGACGUAUUGAUUGUACUGGAACAAUUUGGUACGAAUGUUAGGGUUGAUAUUGUACAGGUACUGUGCUGUAUGUUUGUUGCACUCAUGAAUCUGGGACCAAAAUCAUGUCUGGAUGAACCAUGACACCAAAGGUCCUGUCUAAAUGGACCAUGGUGCCAAAAGUCCUGUGUGGAUGGACUAUGGCACCACAAAUCUUUUCUGGAUGAACCUUGUCUUAGACUUAACAGAACGUGACACACUGGCAUCAUGGUGUGGAAGCUUAUACUGUACUGUACAGUAGUAAUGUGAUCUCUGAAUCACCUGAAAGCCACACAUUUUAUAUUGUGAAGAAGUUAUCUUAUCCAAAUGUUAUACAGUAAAAAUUAAACAAAAAUC